GCCGCCGCUGGGGCGAUCCGGGCCCGGCGCGCACAUGGCGCUGCGGAGCCGCCGGCGGAGACCGGCUCCAGCCGGUAUAUAAGGGCUGGGAGCGAGCGCAGAGCAGCCGCCGCCGCGGGCAGCGGGAGCAACAGCGGCCGCAGGCCGGCGGGCAGCGGGGUCGCCUCCUCUCGCCGCCCGCCCGCCCGGGCCAUGGGCAGCCCCUAACCCCGCCGCAGCACCCAGCGCCGCCGAUCAAAAAUGACUGUCAAAGCUGUAAAAAUGGGGUGCACGGCCCCAAAUGUCUAUUCUAAAGUGCCUGACGGAGGAUGGGGUUGGACAGUUGCUUUUGCUUUCUUCUUUGUGGAAGCUCUCACGUACGGCAUUAUAAAAUCAUUCGGCGUCUUCUUUAACGACCUGAUGGAAAGCUUUGACGAAACCAACAGCAGGAUAUCCUGGAUAAUAUCCAUCUGUGUGUUUGUGCAGACCUUCACAGCUCCUCUGUCAACGGUCCUCAGCAAUCGCUUCGGUCACCGCUUGGUGGUGAUGGCCGGGGGGGUUCUGAUCAGCACUGGCAUGGUCAUUGCCUCCUUCGCCCGCUCUGUUGUGGACAUGUACAUCACCAUCGGCGUCAUCUCUGGCCUCGGAUACUGCCUCUCUUUCCUCCCGACUGUCACCAUUUUAUCACAGUAUUUUGACAAAAGGCGUUCGCUGGUCACAGCGGUGGCAUCCACAGGGGAAUGUUUCGCUGUCUUCUCCUUUGCACCAGCAAUUACUGCUCUGAAGGAGCAGAUAGGCUGGAGAUACAGCCUCCUUUCUGUCGGGGUGCUGCAGCUGAGCAUCGUCGUCUGCGGGUCGCUCCUGCGACCCAUCAUCAUCCAAGAGCAAGAAGAAGUGAAAGCGCAGCCUCCAGAAGAGCCCACGGAGACCAAGUACAUGCUUGAAAACGAGCAAACACGCACCUCAAUAGAGUCCAUAGACUCAGGAGUCGAAAUAACUACCUCACCCAGCAAUGUGCCUGGAAAAACCAAAGCAGAGCCGAAAAGUGAAGAACCAAAGGAACACGUGCAGAUACUUGCUGAAAAUAACAGCACCCCUCCAGAACCAAAAACCAAACUACUGGACUUUUCUGUGAUGAGAGACUAUAGCUUUAUCUGUUAUGCAUUCUUUGGCCUGUUUGCUACCCUGGGCUUCUUUGCUCCUUCCCUCUACAUCAUUCCCUUGAGUCUCAGCCUUGGCAUCGGCAAAGACCACUCUGCAUACAUACUGUCGGCCAUGGCGAUUGCAGAGGUCUUUGGAAGAAUCUCAGCGGGCUGGGUCCUCAACAAGAAGCCCAUCCGCAAGAUCUACAUCGAACUCAUCUGCGUUGUCCUGCUGUCUGUAGCGUUGUUUGCCUUCCCUUUUGCCUCCGAAUUCUGGGGCUUGAUGACAUGUAGCAUAUUCUUCGGGUUCAUGCUCGGAACGGUAGCGGGCACGCAUAUUCCCCUCCUGGCAGAAGACGACGUGGUUGGCAUCGAGAAGAUGUCCUCUGCGGCUGGUGUCUAUGUCUUCAUUCAAAGCUUAGCUGGGUUGGCUGGACCACCCCUUGCAGGUGUCAUAGUGGAUACAACACAGAACUACAGCUCAGCCUUUUACUCCUGUGCUGCUGGCAUGGUCCUGGGCGCCGUGUUCCUGUCCCUGGUGAGACCGUGCAAGGUUGGGCUGUGCCACUGCUCACAGCGGGGCGCGGAGGAGAGCGCGGUGGGGGCUGCUCCAGACUUACCCGAUGACUUUAUAGACAUGGAUAUUGGAAGAGGUGAAAAUUCGGGAAAAGGUGAAAAUUCAGGAAAAGGGGAAAAUUCAGGAAAAGGUGAAAAUUCAGGAAAAGGCUCUGACAGCGUGGUCUAAACACACACCCCCCACCCCCGUUCCUUCUCCAUCUAAAUCUACCCGGCGCAAGACUGGGGAAGAUGUCAGCUCUGCUCCACGUUUUAAAGCUCCAUUCUAAAGGGAAUGUGAAAUUUUAAAUGUGAACAGUUGCUACCAACAACUUCUUAUUUUAUUUUUUUUUAAUGAUUAGGAAGAACUUUUUUAACCAACAAUGGAAAGCUCCAUAGAAAAUACUGAUAGCCACAUCCAAUAACUUGUGUCUAGCAUGAAGAUGUGAUGCACACUCCUGCUUUCCUGAUAACAAGCAUAGGUAAAGGUUCAACUGACCCCAGAGAAACUGAGAACAACAGCAGAAGCAGCUCAGCCUCUGACUGUCCUCAACCAUCCCCUAACACAGAUUCCAAGCAAAUAUGACACCUAUGGCAUGAACUGGAGACAAGCAUUUCAUACACCACCAAUAGCCAAGUCAAUCUUCUUGUAGAAGAAUGAGGACUCAUGUUUUAGGUUGGAGGAGGCUAGGCUAGAGAGCUGACCUAGUAGAAACCAUUGUUAAUGUUCUUAACUUGAACGUCACAAAUGCUGGGAAAUCAGAGGCUCCGUAUGUCUUUAUGGCCAGUUAUUACUGCACAUCUUAAUCACAAGAUAAUUUUUCUUCUCCUGAUUGGUAUCCUUAGAACUGUUUUUUUUUCUGUUGAUAGUCAGCUCUGAUGUACUGUUUCUAAUUUAAUUAGUAUUUAUUAAUUUAUUCUAAGAUUGCUAAAGGAGGUUAGCUUAAAUAAGGGGAGAGGAAAAAUCAUCUUCUGCAGAUCGGAAAGCUGUCUUUACAUCACCCUCUUCAACACCUAUCUUGUAUUGCUAGCUUGUGAAAUUGUUAGGAACCUUACAGCAUAGAGUGUAGCUGUUUUGAAUAGGUAGGCCUUAGGUAACCCAGUUGUUAUUUAGAAAGGAAAAAAAAACCCAAUAAUAAACCGCAGAUCCAGCAUCUCUUUCCGUCAGGCCCCGGCUGGUGUCACUGGACCUAGCUCUGCUGCUGUCACCAGCCCACCCCACAGGGAGGGUUGGGCUCAGUAUGUCUUAAUGUACCCAAAACCUUCGCUUACACGUGCACAAGGAACUCUCUGCCUCAUCACACAUGAAUGUGGAACAUCCCCUUGAUACCCAGCCCCUGGCAGUCUGCUCCCCACAUUGCCAGCCAUGGGGCAUGUACCCCCUGCUCCCCAAAGUUAGCAGGAUCCCUUUUUUUGCUCCAGUAAAAUGAACCAGAGUCUGUGCACACAGAAGGCAUGAGCGGAAUAGUAAAAGACAACAUCCUAGCUCUUCAUUUAGUCUUAAUGGGAGAGAUUCCUACUCAUGGUGACACAAGCUUGCUUACCCCACCUAUAUGCAUCUUAACGCCUCUUAAGCAACUCAGGGGGACAAAUAAAACAAGUCUGGUUUGGUUUGGAAGGCAAACCAAACCAACAUCUCUGUGUAUUUCAGUGGAAGUGGCAUCAUGCAUUAACUGCUACGCUGACCUGUCUGUGUUUUACCAGCCAUAGAAAUGGGGGACAAUCUGUUAAAAAAAGAUUCAAAAAAAGAUUAAAAAAAAAAAAACAGGAAUCUCACCCCCUCUUUUUGGGAAGGUGCUUGAUGUGUUUUUUGUGUCUUAGAUGUCCCAAAACCCAAGAAACAGGCACUCUUGCAACCAAGUGGCUAGAGCAAUCCAUCCUCACUGCCCGAGACCUGCGGUCUCGCAUCCUUCCUCUGCCUCAGCACUUUAUCACGGCCAGCAGAACCUCGCUGCGAUGCACCCAGGACUGGAAGACCCCUUACAGAGAACUGAGAGUUUUGUGAAUCAGCGAGUAAAUGAACAAGUCACAACCGUCGCAUUAAGAUGUACUUUUUAUUUAUUGUUAAUUUAUGAUGACUUCAAGCAUUUUGGUAAAUGUUCUGUAGACUCUUAAUUGUGAGAUUAUGGAAGUCUUUUGUGAUACGAGACCUCACUACAGCACUUUGCUAUUACACCUCUGCUUGGAAGUGGAACAAGGCCUCCAGGUUUUGUGUGUGUGUGGAUGCUCCCCGUUCGGCAGAUUGGCGAGGUUCUACUGUAAUGUUCUCUUUGUUUUCUACAACCGUUUCCAAUACAGAUCAAAUGAUACGUCUGUCACUGACCUCACGUUUCUGUUCCUGUCUGUGUAGCGGCACGAGCAGGGGAGCGUGUGAGUAUGUGUGUGUGCGGGCACAGAAGACCCAGAAGCAGGCUUUAAUGCGUUCAAAGCAGGACUUACUGAUGUGUUUGUAACCUAGUGGACUCUGGAACUAUUCUAAAACACUGAGUUUUGCAAUAAACUUGUUCUUUUUUUUUUUUUUU